ACAUGCCAGAGGGGGAGAGAGAGAGACACCUUGGACUUUGGAUUGAUACAAUUUAGCGUUAGCUAGCCAGGCCUUUGGCAGUUUCUGCAAUCGUCCAACUCUCAUUGGAAAAAAGAAAGACAGAUCUAACACGAACCAGAAGCAACAGCGAGAGCAACCCCUCCCUUAUAAAUGCCAGAACAACACAUUCAAGCCUCACUCAAACUCUCUCUCUCUCCUCUCCUCUCUCCUCUCUACACAUCCAAGCCUCACUCAAACUCUCUCUCUCUCUCUCUCUCUCUAGUACUUGGGAGUCACAUUGAAGCAUAUAGACAUGGACAAUGAGAGGAGCUCUUUAGCCAAUUGGGCUUCCUACUGCCAAGGGAAGAGCAUGGAUGAGCUGCGGAAUUCUCUGGUCUACAUGACGCUGGAACUAGAGAACACCAAGUUAGCAGUUCAAGAAGAGCUCAAGAGGCGAGACGAGCAGUUGAAUUGCCUUAGAGGACUGCUCGAGAAGACAAUUGCCGAGAGGAACGAGGCGGAGGUCAAAUGCCAGCGGCUCCUGAUAGAGAAGUUCCUGCUCCAACAACAGCGGCAGCAGCUCACGGUUCCGCUCUCUGGAAUUUCCUCUGUGGAAGAUGAACCAAGAAGGGUAAUGGACUCCAACAAUGCAUUCUCAUCUUCCGAUGGCGACGAGAGCAUCGUCUCGUCACCGAGCAUGGACCUGGUUCAUCCACCUCAAAUGACAGCGGUGCCGCCAGACAUUGAGUUAUUCCCGGAAAAGCCGCUUCCCGAGAAGGGCAAGCUUUUGCAGGCAGUGAUGAAAGCAGGUCCACUGCUUCAGACACUCCUGCUUGCAGGACCUCUUCCCGAGUGGAAGCAUCCACCGCCACCACUUCCUUCAUCGGAGAUCCCACCAGUGACAAUACCGUCACCGCCACUUCCGCCAACACCAUCACUCUUCCUCCCAGGUUCUGCUAUCAACAUCGGCAGCGUCAUCACUGGCACAAAUUGUGGUGGGGACAGUAGGAAAAGGGGACUCUGUGAGAUAUCCGCUUCCUCAAGAGAAGCAAAGUACCAAAGAGUUGUCCUCAAUUGACUCACACCACCAAACAGUCCCUCCAAUUUGACCAUUGAUAUUUCCAUCAGCUGGUUAAACUAAGACUGGUCGCAGCACCCGUUUAGAACAGAAAAGAUCGCCAAGGAAUUUGGGCUGGUGACUGGUUUAGCACUUGUACAGAUGCCCUCCUCUAGAAAGGGAAUUACCCAAAAGUUGAUUGGUUUCGGAAAAGGGAAAAUAGGGGGCUUAUGGUGCUGAAUUUCAGUUUUCUUUCUUGUUUAUCCUCAUUCUAUUUAACAUCAAUUGAAAGAGAGCUUGAUCUGUCCAAAGGUCAUUUGCUCCAGGACUUCAAAUGUAACUCCAAACACCAGAUUUACGCUACAUGUUCUCAUAA